UCUGCAAGUUGCCAUUAUUCGUCAAAUCCUCUGAAGUUGCCACAAAAGAAGAUCCGGCGAUGGAUGCUGCUUCAAACAGAGUUCGACAUCCUUACUGGCCACGGGACCUUGUGAUCCCCACCUAUGUGGAAAAUGACCGGUCUAUGUCAGAGAUUCUGGUUUUUCUGUUUUCUGUGUCUGGGGUGAUUCUGCUUGUGACCUGGCUGAUCACUGGGACUGUAGGCAGGCUGGGGACGUGGAGGCGUCUGGCUUUGUGCUGGUUUGCAGUUUGUGGUUUCAUCCAUUCUGUCCUUGAGGGCUGGUUUUUACUAUAUCACGAUAUUCUACCAGGAGACCAGAGCUUCCUGUCACAGCUGUGGAAAGAGUACUCCAAGGGAGACAGCAGAUAUGUAAUAGCUGACAACUUUACUAUUUGUAUGGAGAUGGUGACUGCUUGUCUUUGGGGACCGUUCAGCUUUUGGGCUGUAUAUUCUUUUUUAACUAAGAAGCCGUACAGAUUUGUUCUGCAGCUCAUCAUUUCAUUAGGGCAGCUGUAUGGAGCAGUGCUUUACUUCUUCACAGAACACAGAGAUGGCUAUGCUCACACCGAGUUCGGACAUCCAGUCUACUUCUGGUUCUACUACGUGUUCAUGAACGUGCUGUGGGUCGUCAUACCCCUGGCACUCGUUGUGGAUUCAUGGAGGCAGCUGUCAGCAGCUCAGACACACACAGACGGCUCAAAGGCAAAGAAUAAAGUGAAGUGAACACAAUGUGGGACUGAAGGGCACAACGUAACCAAUACUUAAAAAGAAAUGCAAUUUUUUUAUUUGAUCAUGUUGCUGGUAUGUUUGUCAUCAAACAAAAGUUGUUGUUUUUUUUUUGCUGCAGAUGUUUUUCUGCAUUAAAAAUAUAAA